CAGUUUCUGUCAUUCUGUACUGACUGUUGUUGUCAUCAAGAUGGAGUUCUUACUGGGCAAUCCGUAUAGCACUCCCGUGGGUCAGUGUAUAGAGAAGGCCACAGAUGGCGGCCUGCAGGCUGAGGACUGGACCCUUAACAUGGAGAUCUGUGACAUCAUCAACGAGACAGAGGAAGGGCCCAAAGAUGCCAUCCGAGCAUUGAAGAAGAGACUCAGUGGGAACCGGAACUACCGGGAGGUGAUGCUGGGGCUGACGGUGUUGGAGACAUGCGUGAAAAACUGCGGCCACCGGUUUCACGUCCUUGUGGCUAACCGGGACUUCAUUGAUGGUGUUCUGGUCAAAAUAAUUUCCCCCAAAACCAACCCCCCCACCAUCGUACAGGACAAAGUCCUGGCCCUGAUCCAGGCCUGGGCAGAUGCCUUCAGGAGUAGCCCUGACCUGACGGGGGUGGUCCAUAUUUAUGAGGAGCUGAAGAGAAAGGGAAUCGAGUUCCCCAUGGCUGACCUGGAUGCUCUGUCACCUAUCCACACACCACAGAGGGGUCUACCUGAGGUGGACCCAGCCAUACUGAAGUACAAAGCCCCCGUCCAGCCCCAGGCCGCAGCCACAGCUAGCGUCCCCAAGCCUGCCGCCGUCCCCUCUCCAGCUCCCACCCCCAUCCCACAGAUACCGCACAUCCCCAGUGUACAGGGGCCCAUCACUGCCAACCCUGAACAGAUCGCUCGGCUGCGUAGUGAACUGGAUAUUGUGAGAGGAAACACCAAAGUGAUGUCAGAGAUGCUGACAGAGAUGGUUCCUGGACAGGAGGAUGCCUCUGACCUGGAACUUCUUCAGGAGCUGAACAGGACAUGCAGGUCAAUGCAGCAGCGGGUGGUGGAGCUGAUCUCCCGGGUCUCCAAUGAGGAGGUGACAGAGGAGCUCCUGCAUGUCAACGACGACCUCAACAACAUCUUUUUACGAUACGAGAGGUAUGAGAGGUACCGGUCUGGAAGAGCGGCUCAGAACAACGGGAUGCUGAGCGAGGCCACAGAGGACAACCUGAUAGACCUGACGCCGGGCUCUCCCGCUGUGCUCAGCCCCCGAGCCCUGUCCAGCCCCAUCCCCCCGGUGGCCACCCUCAGGGCUGGACCCACAGGGGCCACAGCCUCCCCCACACGGAGCCCGGCCCUGGUCCCAGACCCUGCCCCCGGCCCCGCCUCCCUGUCCACUCAACUCGCCGGCCUGGAUGUGGGCGGGGCCAGUGUCAGCGGAACCCUGUCCUCACUGUCGGCCCACCAGCCCGGAGACGACUUUGACAUGUUUGCUCAGACCAGGACCAGCUCCCUGGCUGACCAGCGCAAAAAUGUGAAGUACGAGGACCCUCAUGCCCUGGGCGGUCUGGCCUCGGCUCUGGGCGUGAGACAACAGAACACCACCGGAGGGCUGAGGGUCAUAGGGGAUGAUAACCCAGAGUUGGAGCUGCCCAUAGACAGCUGGCUUAUUACCCAAGGAAUGAUCCCUGUCUCGCAGUCCUCUGUCAUGGAUGACAUAGAGGAGUGGCUCUGUGCUGAUGUGAAAGGGGAUGGAGCAGAUGGUGAGGAAGGGGUCACCAGUGAAGAGUUUGAUAAGUUUCUGGAAGAGCGAGCGAAGGUUGUUGACUCCUUACCGUCUCCUCCUGCUGACGAGCCCGGUCCUCCUAUCAGUGGAGCCAGUGGUGCUCGCAAGAAGCCUGAACGGACGGAGGAUGCCUUGUUUGCCUUGUAGACUCUACCCCAGGAAACCUCUCUCUCCCUCUCUCUCUCUCUCUCUCUCUCUCUCUCUCUCGCACGCUCACUCUGUCUUUCUCUGGGGCGUCCACUGCACCCAGGGACCUAUGUGCCCCACCCCCCUGGCCCACCAGCCAGGGAGCAGUGUAGCUACUGAACUGAACUCUCCCUCAUUGCCAUCCUCAUCCUGCCAGUGUGGCCCUCACGUGCGGAGGGCCAAAAUGCUUGCUGCGUGGCUGUGUGUAUCAUGCAUUGCUAUUGCAACUUUCUGUCAGUGUGGGAUGUGUUUAUAGUAUUUAAUCUCGUCUGUAGCGCUACCUACCCAAAGGAGUAUUUUACCUAACAUUAUGAGGGUUGGGAUAAAAUGAACAUGAUCCUGUCAAUGUUCCCCAAAGGUGUGGUGAUUUUGUUAAGGUCAGUGGGAAAAAUCUGACCAAGGUAUAGUCUCUACGCAGAGAUUAGUACUGUUAUUUGAAUACAUAUGCAUAAUGUAUGCAUUUAUUAUUUUAAUGGUUUGUACUGUACUGUACUAUGUACUAGCACAAUGUUGUAUCUUUAUUUGUGUUUUUUUAACUUUCUUUUAUGAUUAUCUUAACCCUUUCACUGUUGCAGUUAUGAAAUGCUGGUAAAAGCAGAGGCAAUGCAUGGGAAAAGACUACUAUUUAACAGACUCAACGCAAGUAUUAAUCAACUAUGGAACUGUUAUGUAGGGAAAACGGCAACUACAAAACCUAUUCCCGCAGUCAUAUGGCACCACAGCAAAUAUUGCUUAAAUGUGUGUAGUAGGGGAAGGAAUGGCUCCAAAAGAGGUUAUUUAAUCAGAUCCUAAGCACCCACCAAAUAUGUGAUAAAUUACUUUAAAAAAAAAAAACAUAUCACUAUGUAAGUAUUUCAAAUGUCAGUUCCAAAGUGUAAAUAAAACGGAGGCUUUAAUGACACCUUUAAAUGACAAAGUAUUACAAAAUGUUUCUUCUAAUACAGGAAUAUUGUUUGACAUUUUCCAUUCACCACGAUAAAACAAAUUGAAUUAGCUUUGUACACUUUUGGACCCCUUUACAUUCAGUAUUUGCGUCCUUGUGUUAUAAGAUGGUAACUAUUUGUUAAUAUAUUUUAUAGGAAACCAAUUGUCGUAACUUUCUUGAAGGCUAAUUUGCAUAUGAUCUUAUCUUUAUGAAAUGUCAGCAUUUUUCUGGUCUUUAAUGCACACUAAGGAUUGAAUAGAUAAACUGACAGUUUCUGACAUGGAAAUUUAAGGAAAGGAAAAGGCAAAUGGCACUGAAAUUGAUAUGUAAUAUUGGGAACAUAUUUGACAAACAAACAUUUCAAAUGCUUGUAUGUGUAGUUAUUGUAAAAUAUGUAUUCAUAUGUAUACAUGAAAAUAAGUUUCAGAAAUAUGUGAAUAUUACCUAAAGCACAUGUUUAAAAGUGAUUAUCUGAUAUCUGUUUUUCUGUAUGUGGCCAAAAGCUGAGUCAUUCGUAUACUGUUUGGGCUUUUGGUUGUGUAUGUACAGUUGUCGUGCAAGAAGAUAUAUUCAUCCCAAAUGCUUUCUACUUUGGUGGAAGUGACUCCUCUUAUUAAUCCAUGUUUGUUUCAGAAAGAGUCUGGGAGUUUCUUCUGUAGGAUAACCAAAAACUUUAUUUUACCGUGUUUUAUCUGUGUCUACUUUGGUCUGGAUUGUUUUGGUAAAGCUUCCUGUCUUUGAGGAUGACAUUUAGUGGCAGCAAUGGGACUUGACUACCAGGGGGACUGCAGAGACGCUAACCCUUUAACCUGUUAUAAGAUUCUGUUUUAAUUUGCUUAAUAGGUCAUGGAGUGUUAUUCAUGUGACUGAAUGAGUAAAAUAAGGGUAUAACAUUACUUUUUAUUUUCAUGAAAAGAUGGACUAUGGACCAUAGUUUAAUAGGCAAAAGCUGUUACUGUAUUUCCUAAUCUAAUAAAUAACUGCAAAAGUACUUUUCACAUGAAGACCUAUUAGACUUUCAUUGCAGGUCUCCUUACACUUAAGUUACAUACAUUUUGACAUAAAAUGUAAUCUUUGUCAGAAAGUACCCUACUAUCAUAUCUGUAAUUUAAAGUGUUUAACUUCCAGAUAAGACAAUUUGUGGCAGUCAUUUAUAAAUGUUACCUGAAUGUAUGAUUAGUACAACUUGUCUUAGGCAUUCUUGUUUUGGUGUGUUUAAGAGUACUGAAACAAAUACGUAAUGAUAAUGAUAAUAUAUAAUAAUAAAUAAUAAUGAGCUUAAACUUUGUUUCAUUCUUGACCUAUUUGAUCUGAUUUUAGUUUGAGUAAUAUAGCCUACCUCUUAUUUUAGGUAUGAUAGCAUCAAUUUUACAAUCAAUAAUUUUUAUUUAUUUUCUAGACAAAAGCAUAGGCAUUUUUUUUCAACUAAGCCACUUUGUUACUGCUAAUGUAGCAUCUCACUUGGACAGAGUGGAUUUUUAAUUGUGGCAGUGAUUUAUGAGGAUGCAAAAGCCCUAACAUAUUACUCUUUAAGACUGUCAGAUUAAAUAGAUUGAUCUGACAGUCUUAAAGAUUUUUUUUUCCUGACCAAGAAAUGUUCCAUUCUAGGCGAAAUAGCCUUGUCACAUGACCAGAAAAACUCUUGUCCCUGCUUCUGUAUGAAGGUCCCAUGACUAUGGCUGUGCUGUUGGAUGCCAUUCAUUACUUCAGAUUCAGCCUUCUAUUGUGUGACCUGAUGUAUAUAUUAAUCCCCCAAUAAAACACUAGCAACAUGUGACCUCUU